AUGGCCCAUGUGUCUUCAGAAAUUCAAAUUGUUUCUCUUAAAGAUGCAUCAAAUGAUUCAGAAACCUCCACUAGAUCUGCAUUGUGUGAUCACACAUACCCUGGGGACUUGGAAUUGAUUGAAGAAAUUGCCUUUCAGGCUUUGUGUGAAGAAACCUUAAUAAAAAGACGGCGUUACUCAUUUUGUGCCUCCAAACCAGAUGAAGAUUAUGAUUUUCAUUCUAUGACCUUUCCCAGAAAACUGUGGAAAAUAGUUGAGAGUGAUCAAUUUAAGUCUAUUUGGUGGGAUGAGAAUGGAACUUCUGUAGUGAUUAAUGAAGACCUCUUUAAGAAAGAAGUUUUGGAAAGAAAGGCCCCUUUCAGAAUAUUUAAAACUGAUAGUAUGAAAAGUUUACUUCGCCAGCUUAACCUUUAUGGAUUUAGUAAGAUGAGACAGAAUUUUCAAAGAUCUGCUUCUCUAGCUGACUUUCUGGCAGAAGAGAAAGAAGUCUCUGUUUUAAACAAGUUACAGCUCUUUCAUAAUCCUCAUUUUAAACGAGGCUGUCCCCAACUUCUAGUAAGAAUGAAAAGAAGAAUUGGAAUUAAAAAUGCUUCUCCAGGAUCUUCAUUAUUUCGAGAAGUCAACAAGGAGCACUUGGGAGCAGAGGGUCAUGUGGCUAACAUGCUUCCUUCUAAGUAA